AUGCUGAGUAUAAACAUAAUAUGUUCAACCUGCGCGAUCUUUAUAUUCUGUAAAAUAGUUGAACCCAGAAAAGGUUUUGUUUUCUACUCACUCAAUCUACUAUUUUUUUGUUUAACGCUGCUGUCACUUAAAGAUAUUAAAUUGUUGCAGAGUUGUGCUCAUUCAGUUGCACGCUUACGUCAUCCUUCCUUUAUUGGUAAUCUACUGGAUUCAAGAUUCUACCACAAGGGAGUUCGCUUAAACAGUUACUGUAAAAUGGGAAACGAAUCUAAGGUUAUUUUGGACACAUCGCACAAAGUCGUGAGUGAUCCGGCAGGUUUCAAGCUUCAGGCAAACCCUGAGUUCAUAAAGCAGAGACUAGACCUUUUUUCAAAGCUGUACCAGAUUCAGCAGGAGAAACUGAAGGAAAACGUAUCUGAGGACAUUACGCUGACGCUGAUAACUGAAGAAGGAGAGAAGCUGAUAUUCGGCAAGUCGUACCUGACGACGCCUCACGAUCUGUUGAAUUUGCUGGAGAAGAAAGCGGCGAAGAAGGUCGUGGUUGCAAGCGUGCUCUACGAUAACGGCCAGAGUGAGAAUUUUGCGGACGUGGACGAAGACAAUCUGGAGGUUUCAGAGUGGGUGCUCUGGGACCUGAAGAGGCCGCUAGAAGGCUCGUGCAAGGUUAAGCUGCUGGACUUCAACUCUGACCAGGGAAAGCACGUGUACUGGCACUCGUCGGCGCACAUCCUGGGCAGCGCACUCGAGACGCUGUACGGAGGCUACCUGACCAUCGGGCCGGCUCUGUCGCCAGGGUUCUACUACGACGUGUACCUGGGAAACAACAGCAUAAAGCCCGAGGACGUAAAGCCUCUCAUAGAGCAGGUGGACAAGUUGGCAAACUCCAACAGUCCCUUUGAAAGACUGGUUUGCACGAAGGAGGAGGCGCUGGAGCUGAUGAAGUAUAACCCCUUCAAGGUCCAGCUGAUAAAGAGCAAGGUGCCCGACGGGCAGAACACGGUGUGUUAUCGGUGCGGAGACUUUGUGGACCUGUGCAGAGGCCCGCACAUACUGACGACCUCGAUGGUGAGGGCGAACUCUUUCGACAUCACGAAGAUAUCGUCCUCAUACUGGCUGUCAAACUCGCUCUCAGACACGCUGCAGAGAGUGUACGGAAUAUCGUUUCCAGAGAAGGACCAGCUCAAGGAGUAUAAACGGAAAAUAGAGGAGGCGAAGCAGCGCGACCACAGACUCAUCGGCACGAAUCAGAACCUGUUCUACUUCGACACGGUGCACUCGCCAGGCUCAUGCUUCUGGCUGCCUCACGGAGCUAAAAUAUACAACAGGCUGGUUGAACUGCUGAGGGACAACUAUCGUAUACGGGGCUACCAGGAGGUGAUCACCCCCAACAUAUACUCGUGCGACCUGUGGAAACAGUCGGGCCACUACGAAAACUACAAGGAGAACAUGUACCUGUUCAACUGCGAGGACAGCGAAUGGGGAAUGAAGCCGAUGAACUGUCCAGGCCACUGCCUGAUGUUCAAGCACCUCUUCCUGUCCUAUAAGCAGCUGCCGCUCAGGCUGGCAGACUUCGGAGUGCUCCACCGCAACGAGUUGACGGGCUCCCUGUCCGGCCUGACCAGAGUGCGGCGGUUCCAGCAGGACGACGCGCACAUUUUCUGCACCAGGGAGCAGAUCAUGGACGAGGUGCUGGACCUGUUGAACUUCAUCAGCAAGGUCUACUCGCUCUUCGACUUCAGAUACGAGUUUAAGCUGUCCACGAAGCCAGCAAAGGCGUUAGGCGAUGCUGACCUCUGGGAGGUGGCGGAGAAGUCACUGGAGGAGGCGUUGAAUAGAUCCGGGAACAAGUGGACGCUCAACCCGGGCGACGGGGCCUUCUACGGGCCCAAGAUCGACAUUGUCCUCUUCGACUGCCUCGACAGGGAGCACCAGUGCGGAACCAUUCAGCUGGACUUUAACCUGCCCAUCCGCUUCAACCUCGAGUACCGCGACAAGAGCGAAAGCGGCACCGAGAACGUCAGGUGCGGCUUCAACAGGCCCGUGAUCAUCCACAGAGCCAUACUCGGCUCAAUCGAGCGCUUCGUCGCCAUCGUGCUGGAGCAGACCAAGGGGAAGUUGCCCUUCUGGCUCUCCCCGAACCAGGUGCUCAUCAUGCCCAUCACCGACAAGCAGGUCCCCUACGCCGAGGAGCUCUGGGACAGACUCAACCGCCUCGGCUACAACGUCGAGAUCGACAAGACCAACAACACCAUCAACAAGAAGAUCAAGUUCGGCCAGCAGCAGCGUUGGAACUACAUGGCGAUCGUCGGCGACCGCGAGGUGGAGACCCGCACGGUCUCCCUGAGACCCAGGGACACUGACGACCAGAACGUCAUGUCCGUCGACGAGUUCGUGAAGCUCCUCGAGUCACAGCAGCUGAACGUAACUAAUUAUUACACAUCACACCAACAGCAAAUAACACAUGUAAACAACAGCAAAUAUUACAUGACACCAACAUCAAGCAUAUCAGUAAUCUAA